AUGGGGUCUGGGAAUUUUCUUAAAGCGAUAAUUGGAUCGAAGAGAGGGAAACAAAGGAGUGUCAAGAGCGAGAAGAAUGCUGCAAAAUCAAAAGCUUCCAAGAAGAACGGUACUCAUUCUCUAGUUGUUCAUAGUGAGGAUUGGGCAGCAACUCGGAUUCAGACUGCUUUUAAAGCCUAUAAGGCUAGAAAAAUCUUAAGGCGUCUAAAAGGAACCGCAAGAGCAAAGUUGUUAACUGAGAAACAUUCGGUGGAGAAGCAAGCGGUGGUCACAUUGAGGUAUCUUCACUCGUGGAGUAAAAUACAGUCGCAGAUUAAGGCUCGCCGAGUUUGCAUGGUCACAGAAGGCCGACUGAAGCAUAAGAGAUUAGAGAAUCAGCAAAAGCUUGAGGCAAAGCUUCACGAUGUUGAGGUUGAAUGGAAUGGUGGCUCAGAGACAAAAGAUGAAAUCUUGGGGAGGAUACAUCAUAGAGAAGAAGCAACGAUCAAGCGAGAAAGAGCCUUGGCAUAUGCUUUCUCUCAUCAGUGGAAAGCCGAUGGUAAGACUCAGUGGCUGGGGAGUUACGAGCUGGGGAAUACUAAUUGGGGCUGGNGCUGGAAAGAGCGUUGGAUAUCUGUUCGGCCUUGGGAAGUAAGACAUUCUUUAACUCCUAAGAAACAGAAGAGCUCAAAGACGACGGGUUGUUGCAAGAGUGAGGUUAACUCGAAGAGGGUAUCAUUAUCAGCUGUUUCAGCGAAAGCACCGUUCCCUGGAGGUAGAAACGCAGGGAAACCAAGGAGAUUGUCGUUUCCAGGAGCGUGA